CGGAAGCGUCACUUGCUGCUAACCCCGGCUGCUAACUUCAGACCAAGAAAGAACAACUGUCACGGCCAUGUCUGUCUGUGACGACACCCUGCUGUGUAAUUACCCAAAGUGUCGGGCCAAGCUGAGCGGCUUCGCCUGGGUCACUGCCUGCUCGCACGUUUUCUGUGACCAGCACGGGUCCGGUGAGUUCAGCCGCUCCCCCGCCAUUUGUCCGGCCUGCUCCUCUGCGCUGUCCGGGAAGAUGGACAUUGUGCGCUCGGAGCUUUCGCCCUCCGAGGAGUACAAAGCCAUGGUGCUGGCAGGCCUCCGACCCGAAAUAGUUCUGGACAUCAGCGCCCGUGCUCUGGCCUUCUGGAGCUACCAGGUUCACCAGGAGCGGAUGUAUCAAGAGUACAGUCUUUCGCGUUCUGAUGCACAGCUGAAGCAGAUGGAGAAGGUUCUGACUCAGCAGAACCAGAGCAGAGAACUGGAGCUCACUGCCAUGAAGGGGGAGAUCACCUCGUUGAAGAAAGUGAUGGAGGAGUAUAAGAGGAAGUACAGCGAGGUGUCUGAGAGGCUGAUGGAGAGGAACAGGCAGUACCAGAAGCUGCAGGGGCUUUACGACUCACUGAGGCUGCGGAACAUGGUGGUGGGUGUGGGGGACAGGGAAAUGCAGCUGCAGUCUGGACAUCAGGACUUAAACACAGCGAUGGCUCGGUCCAUGACCCCUCAGAAGAGCCCUCAGUACCCCACCAUCGGCCCUGAAGGGGACAGUCGUUUCUUCUCCUUCCUGGAGCACGACGGGCCCAAAACCUUCUUUAAGUUCAGCUCCCCGGCCAGAGAUAAGUGCCGCCCCUUCAUCACCAAACGCUGACUGCAAAUACCUUCAUGUUCUGUCGUUACCUGAGCUAGUUCUGCUCAGAGUUCUGGUGUAGAAACAGUUCAGUUGAAGUUGUUAUUACAGAAUGUUGAAUACAUGUGUUUGUUUAGAGCAGGAACACUGACAAGAGGAUACUAAGUUUCCAGUAAAGCUGUUAACAUUUAUUUAUAAAACACGUUGCAUUAAAAGCCUUUCAAAGGAA